AUUCCGAGCAUUUCCCCGGGGCCAGCGCGCAAGCAAACCACACGGAAGAAGCAAAGCAUCCAUCCACCUCGCGCUCGCCGCGGCGAAGCAUUGCUACGCAGCUUGCAGCGUCGCGCGCCUCUCUUUACCCGCUCCUCCACCUUUCGUUUCCCCCCGCUUCUAUCCUCCCCAGCCGGCUCUCCUGGCCUCUCCCGCGCGCACCACCUGUUCGACCCGACUCCCCAUCCUCCACCUGUCAGCCCUCCCGCCCGCCGCUCCCAAUGGCGCCGCCCGCCGCCGCGUCCGUGGCGCCGCCCUCCACCUCCACCGCAUCCUCGGUGUUCUUGCUCCGCCGCUUCCCGUCCCCGUCCCCCGCCUCCGGCCGCCGCCCCGCCCAGCAGCCCCGCCGCGCGCGCCUGCUCCUCCAGGUCGCGCUCACCAGCGAGGUAUCCUCGGAUGACGUGGCGGCCGAGGAGGCCGCGGCGGCGCCCAAGAUCGGCCGGCGGGUGCGCGUCACGGCGCCGCUCCGCGUCCACCACAUCGUCAAGGCGCCCGACCUGGACAUCCAGGGCAUGGAGGGCGUCGUCAAGCAGUACGUCGGCGUCUGGAAGGGCAAGCGCAUCACGGCCAACCUCCCCUUCAAGGUCGAGUUCCAGAUCGCUGUCGAGGGGCAGCCCAAGCCCGUCCGCUUCUUCGCCCACCUCCGGGAGGACGAGUUCGAGUUCGUCGACGAGGAGUAACGGCCUCGAGGUGCGGUUCUCGCGCCUGUGGACGUGUAAGCGGUAGCGCCGUUCUUAUAGAAUAAUAACCAUGGCCGCGGCGGUGGCUUGUGUAUAUUGUUGACGGCGUGCGGUGACAGGGAUGCAAGAGGGUAGGAACUUGGAAGGCAUGUAAGUUUUUUGCUUGCCUGCUGUUGUGCUGUUUCUUCCUCCUUCGGUUCGACGUCUAUCUUUCAGAUGUGGGGAAUUAUUCGGAUGUUGAUGAUGAUCGAUAGUUAUAAUAGUGACAAUUUUUGUUGCUGCUUGUUGGCUAUACUUUGUUCUUAGUUA